UGUAUACUAUACUGCCUGUGUGUCUACACUGACUCUGACCGUUAGAAAACACAGAAAAGCAUACACACUUACAACCGAACAACCAGACAACACUUCAUAUCCAGCAUUUAUGAUUCUACUUACUACUUGCUUUUCUAAAAUCUAUACUUUAUUUUUAUUGUACUUUCUUUCUAUUUUUAUUUUGGAUUAGAAGUGGCUGCUGUUGCAUCAUUUCCUUGCCUGAAUUUUUGGGUUGUAAUUUGAGAAGUGUCGGGUUACAGCACAGUCCCACAGCAGUCCCAAAUCAGAACAAACCCACAGGAGAAGUUUGUUAGAACCUCUGCAGUUCAGUGUGUACUGAUAAAUCUCACUUCAGUGCUACACGUCAGGUACGUGUUCUGUACGCGUUGUUUAUGUGUGAUCCAUGCGUGGUGUAGACACUUUAGUAGCAGUAAAGGUAGAUGAAGCAGGUAAGAAGGAAGUCGUAGUCGUUGGUCCUUGUGUUGGGUCUGGUGCAGCAGAACCAGCGGUGAAUCCGGGUUUACAGUGCUGCUGUUCUCUACACCAUUCUGUAGCAGCUGUACUGAGAAACCAUAGGAGACAUUUUCCAAGCCGGAACUUAAUGCUCCUGAUCACAAUGAUGUAAAAUUUCUCUUGCUUUUGCAUGGAAACAUGGCUUCAGUGAUUCUCCUGUUCUUUGUGUUGAUGUUGUCAUCUGUACGCGUUGGAAAGUCUGCUGAGAGUCUGUUUAAACUGAACUGCCAGCCUGCAGUAGGAGUCAUCGGUCAGACCACUCACAUUUCCUGCAGUUUCGAGCCCCUCACUGAUUCUAAGUUUAUCAGCAUUAACACAGUGGUUUUAACUAGGAGUGGAGAGAAUGAACCCUGUUUCACUUUUCAACCAUAUGUGAACAAAGUGACAGGGGACUCUCGAUUUAAAGUUGAAAACGGGCCAUCGUUACAGCUUCAUAACACCGCGAUCUCAGAUGAAGCUGAAUAUUGGUAUUUCAUCAGGACCAGCCAGGGUAAUGAUCAAGUAAAAUUCACCGUCAGCGUUACAGGAAUUUUAACGUUCAUUUUUUUAGGCAAAUACAGCAACCUGAUCAUAACAUCCGUGCCGGAAAAGAUAGUGAAUGGUGAACAUGCUGAUCUGUACUGUAGCGCUAGCGGUGGAUAUCCAGCAGGAACCAUCCACUGGUUUGAUCAAAGCAACACAAACUGGACAAAAAGCGCCACACUUCAAAGCACGCAGGGAAAUGACGGUCUCUUCACUCUGACCAGCAAACUGAGCUUCCAGAAGAUCAACACGGCCUGGGCACCUUACAGGUGCGUCGUCCUCAACAACAAAUAUGAAGAAGAAGGAAAGCGCAGUUUUCAUCUGGAGAGAAAGGAUAUCCCAUUGCAUCCCCUAGCUGAUGAAAGCAUGGUGAAGAACAGCAUUGCCAGUGUAAUAGUUAUCGGGUCUCUCAUCGUCGGGUUCCUGAUUGCUCUCUUGUUGAAGCAAAGCUGCGAUUUGCAGCUAAAAAGAGUAAAAUCUCUCGACCUUCCCGGAAACUUUUCCAAAGAUCCUGAUGAUGUUGAAGAUGAAAAAGCCCUGAUUGAACCUGUUUAAGAUCGCAGUGUAACGUCUGAUUAUUAAUUACCCUGUAAACAUUUAAUCAUAUGAUGGUAAGUUUAGAAACAUAGCCAUCAGGGCACUUUGGUCUUCUAAAAAAAAAUAUUCUUUCUCUAUUACUGGCUCAACAAACAAGUUAGUGUUCAGUAUCAUGUGACCCUGAGUGUGAUUUUAAAUGUGUAAUUAAAGUGCCAGGCUGUGGAAACUGUGGAAAAACCUUAAAUGUAAUGAUAAGUCAGGAUGUUAAGAGCUAGUACUGUGUCCCACAGCUCUAAUGUCUGAGGUUCUGUCCUGAUCCAGCGCCCUUCAGGUGUGUCAGUGAUGUAGUUCCCUUAUCUCAGUGGUUCUAAACCGCAGAGAGAUCAGAAGGGGGGCGCAAGUUGUUUUCAAGAAAAAAACACAGACAGGGCAUCAUUUGGGUACUUUGUAUAUUUUAUUGCUUUUCAAAUAGAAUGUGUAUAAAUGAAAAACCUUGCGUUCCCUCUCCUUUUGUAUUUUCUUUUUGCUGGGGCGAGGCGGAGCUUAGAUGCCUUUUAUCUAGCUGUCAGUGCAGACCAGUGUUGCCAACUUAGCGACUUUUCAGACCCCUUUAGCGACUUUUUAUUUUAAAAAAAAAAAAAAAAAAAAAAAAAAGCGUCUAGUGACUUUUGGACAAACCUUAGUGACUUUCCAAAUGUCACCAGUACUGUCCUGCAUGCACGAGGUCUUGCUUUCCCGCUGCACUCACACCUCUCUUUGCGUCUGCUCUGUUCGGUGAGUGUCUGAGAGCCGGAGAUUUAACAAUGUCAUGGAUAAUGAGAUGCGGCCUUCGUUCCAAUUUACAUUAAUCAUAUGUGAAUGUUUUUAGAACGCAAGACAAACAUAAUGCAACAUGUUUUGCAUGUAAAAUAGUUCACAUUAUUACAGCCUAGUUCUCUUGUUCAAAGUAGUUAUAGCGUUCAGAAACAUUUGAUAUCAUUCAUGUUCCAGACCGGUCCGUUAUAUAGUUUUAUAAAAGUUAUUUUUUAAAAAUCAUAAAAGUUAUGAAAAAUAUUUUUUUUUAAAAAGUACAAAAACACAAAAGCAAAAAAGAUCUAUCUAUCUAUCUAUCAAAACAGAUUAUAUAUUAGGUUAUAUAUAGAUAGAUUUUAUAUAGAACAGAUAAUCAUUAUACCUGGUCAAAAACCUUCUCUGAAUGAAGAGCCAUUCAUUUCACCCUUCACUAUAAAAUAUGUUACCUUUGGAGGUAGAAGCCUGCAGUCAUGGUCACUUCAAAAUGGACCUCAGACACUCUUCAAGACUCAGUUUGAAUUAAAUGUGUUUAAUCAUGUCUGCAAAAUAUGGACAUGUUGGUGUGAGGGAAAAUCUCUGAGUUUAAUCAUGAACUUUUGGUAUAUUCAAGAGAAACUUAGUUCUCAAUAUAAUCAUUUAACUCCCAGAGUUACAACAUCUAUUUUUAUGAUUUCAUAUUUGGGAGGAAACCACUCUUUCACUAAUAGACACUGGAUUGAAAACUUAUGGGUAAAUAUGCACUUUCAAGUAUUUUUUGAACACUAAACGUAUUAAACAUCUGUAUGUGUGGAUGUUACUCUGUCUGUUACUGUUUUACUCUUUUUUUUUUUAAAUGUGUUUUUUUUUUUACAGAUUAUUUGUGCGUGUUUAUGUAUUGUUUCUCAAUUGUAAAAAGAAAAUAUUAAUAAAUAUUUACUGAACAGAA